GAGAAUAAUAGAAUUCCUUAGUCUAAAAAUGUUUAAAAUUCACGUAGAGCUUUGAAAUUUCCUUGCAGUUUUUGAAUACGUUUUGGUUGAUGUUCGUUUUACGCGCGCCAAAUCCAUGUUGCAUUAGCGUUAUCGACUACAAUAACAAUACAACCGUGCGUACACAAACAACUGUUUACCAGCACUAUCGCCAGCGACCGUGUGUGUGUGUGUGCGUGUGUGAGCGAUUGAAGACAAUGGCAGCGGCUGCGGACGGUGUUGUUCCUACCCUUGCAAUUCGCUCUAGCGUGGCUGUUGAACUGUGGUCGUCAGCUGGUGCAAAGCAGCCAUAUGAACACAAGCCCAAUUUGCCGCGAGAGGAGACGAAAAGUUCGCGUUCGAUCUGCUUCAGUCCGGAUGGCCGUUAUUUUGCCUAUUCGAAUGGCGUUGUGGUGAAGGUGCUACACGUGCCCCCCACCACUGCCAACACUGAUGGCAACAACACUGCUGUUGCUGAUGCUGUUGGUUGGCCAGUGCAGUGCACGUUGCCUCGCCCGAAGGCCUUCUAUCUGAAGUUCUCGCCGCGUGGCAAUUAUCUGUGCACCUGGGAGAAUUAUGCCAUUACUAAGGAUCGUCCCGAAGGUGCUCCCAAUUUGCUCGUCUAUGAUGUUGCCACGGGCACGGAGGUCUUUGCCACGGUGCAAAAGAAUCAAACGGACUGGCAGCCCUCGUGGUCAGCGGAUGAAUCGAUCUUUGCAUUGGUAGUGGGCGGCGAGGCACUCUUCUAUGAUCUGGCCGUGGAUCCAGCUGUGGGAUUUGCGCAGACUUCCCGCAAAAUUGGCGGCAGUCGUGGCGGCAUGUUGUCCCUCGGUCCGGGCAAUAGUCCGCCGUAUUUGGCAUUUAUUACGCCCGGUGCGAAGGGCGCACCGUCCAUGUGCAAGCUCUACAAGUAUCCGGCCCUGGGCCAGAAUCAGACAGUCGCCUGCAAGAGCUUCUUUCAAGCGGAUCGCGCCGAGAUGCUGUGGAACAAGCGUGGCAGCGGCCUGCUCCUGUUAACCAGCACCGAGGUGGACAAAAGCGGUGCCUCCUACUAUGGCAAUCAGGCGGUUCAUUUUAUGGCCACCAAGGGUGACACGUGCUCCGUACCGUUGUCCAAGGAGGGACCCGUGCACAGCGUCAAAUGGAGCCCAAAGGCCAAUGAAUUUGUUGUCGUCUACGGUUUCAUGCCCUCUAAGGCGGCCCUGUACAAUCUCAAGUGUGAUGUUGUCUUUGACUUUGGCGAGGGUCCGCGUAAUUGUGCCUACUUCAAUCCGUUUGGCAAUCUGUUGGUGCUCGCCGGCUUCGGCAAUCUGCCGGGCGCUGUCGAAGUCUGGGAUAUUAGCAAGCGGGAGAGGAUCGCCAAUCUGAAGUGUGCGGACACCACGCACUUCGAGUGGCAUCCAAAUGGAGAGUGGUUCGUCACGGCGACAACUGCGCCCCGGCUGCGAAUUAGCAAUGGCUUCAAGAUCUAUCAUUACUCGGGUGCCUUACUGCAUGAGACAUUUUGGCCGCAGGGGCAGGAGCUGCUCGGCAUUGAGUGGCAGCAGUACGCGGAUAAUACGUUUGCCGAGCCAAAAAUAACGAAGGCCAAGCACGAGGGUAUCAAGUCCAGUCAGCCUGAGGCUAGCAAGAAGGUGUACACACCGCCCCAUUUGCGUUUGCUAAAGGAGGGCAAGAAUCCGGAAAAUUAUUUGCCGCAGCCGACGCCGACGGUGCCGGGACUUCCAGCAGCAGCACCAGGUUCGGGCAAGAAUAAGAAGAAGAAUAACAGUCGCAGCAACAAAGCCAGGGGCAACAAUUCCAUGAACAACAAGCAGCGUGAGACAACUGGGGAUGCUGCUGCCACACCGCAAGAUGCAGCUGCAGCUGAUGCAGUUCCAACUGAUGGUGUGGAGCACCAGCAGCAACUGCCUGCAACCAGAUCAGGAUCCGCUGCUGCAACCACCUUUGGUGAAUCGCCGCGCAGAAUUGCGCCGCCAAGACAGCGACAGCAGCCCCGGCAACAACAGCAGCAGAAUAAUUAUCCACAGCAACAGGUGCAAUAUACUGAGCCCGGUGGCACACCACGUCAUCCUGGCAAUGACAAUGGCAAUAACAACAAUAGCGACAAGGAUCGCAAGAUUCGUAGUGUUGCCAAGAAAUUGUCCGAUAUUAAGAAGCUCAAGUCGCGUCAGGGUCAAGGGGAAACCUUGGAAUUGAAUCAAUUGAAUAAAAUUGAAAUGGAAGCCAAAUAUCUGGAGGAGCUCAAGGCGCUCAAAUUGACCGUCUAAGAGCGACAUAUGCUGGAUGCCAUCAACUGUUAAAUGUGUGAUACAACAACUACAACAACAACAAGAAAAACAAAAGAGUUUACUGCAACUGCAACAACAACAAGAAUAAGAAUAAGAAUGAGAAUGAGAAUGAGAACAACACGAAACACUCCGGAAGUUCAUUUUUUAGGGUGUCGUCCAUAUUAUGUACUUCCGUACUUCUUGUAUUUUUCUUUAAGAGAAGUGAAAAUGUGCUGUUUACUUUACGUGCGCAAAUUUUUCAAAGUUAAAAAAAAGAACAGAAACAAAAACAUUUUUCUACCAUUGUGAUUUUUUGAAAAAAUAUAUAUUUUUUGGCAAUAACAAUAAUAGCAACAACAGCAACAACAAACUCAUGUAUAUGUACCAAAUUGUGCAAAACAGUAAAUAAAUAGUUUCCAGAUGCAAAAACAUUCACAUUCA